CCCGCGCUUCCUGCUGCUAACCGAGGCCGCGGGAGAAGGUGGCGGAGGAGGUGGGGGAGCGCGAGCCAGCGGCCUGGAGCGGAGGCUGCUACCACCCCCUGGUCCCGCAGCGAGGCCGGCACCGCCGCCCGCACCACCUCCUCCACGUCCCCGCGCCGCCCCGCCCCGCCCCGCCCGCCUCCCCCCGGCAGCCGGGACAAUAGAGCAGGGCGAUGUCUUCCUCCGGCGCCCACCAGCACAGCCAGAGCCGCGCCAUCCCCACGCGGACGGUGCCCAUCAGCGACUCCGCGCAGCUACCUCACGACUACUGCACCACGCCCGGGGGCACGCUCUUCUCCACCACGCCCGGAGGUACCCGAAUCAUCUAUGACCGCAAGUUUCUGUUGGAUCGCCGCAACUCUCCUAUGGCUCAGACCCCACCGUGUCAUCUCCCAAAUAUUCCAGGAGUCACUAGUCCUGGCACUGUGGCUGAGGAUUCCAAAGUGGAAGUAAACAAUCUGAACAAUCACGAUGGGAAGCCUGCAAUGGGGGAUGAUGCUCAGUUUGAAAUGGACAUCUGAUUACCACUGAGGGUAACCAUGGAGAAGCAGCAACUCCUGAUACCUGUGCAUAUGUGAUUCGGCUAAUAGGAUCAGUAAUCAAAAGUUGGAAGAAGCAGCAGCAGUUUCCAUUAGAAUCCCCACUUUGCCUUCCAGGUGCCAAAGGAUAAGACCAGGUCCCCAGUCCUGUUCCCCCUUUUUUUUUCCUCCCUCUGCAUUUACCUAUGACUGGAUGGAAGCCCUUGUCAAAUUUAACUGAGCUGAGGAACACGCCAAGUGCCACCUUGGCUUCUCGCACUUUAAAGGCAACCUGUCAAACCAUGCACAAGCGAGAACAUACCUCCAGCCCCAAUUGGAUAUUUAUUGUAAACAACAAAGGGGCCAGGGAGCAGUUAGUUUAUGCUGAGUGAAUAUGGCAUUGCUCCUUCCUGCUCCCUUUCUUCAGCUUGAUCCCAGCUCACAAAUGGCUUGUGUGUGCACAGUAAGUAACUGUGUCUCAGAUGCUUUCAGUCAUUCAAGUUUUAGAAAUCGCAAGGAGUAGUGGGAAAUAGUAAAGGGUCUGCUCAGUCUGAGCUCCUUUACCUCAAUGGGCAGAACACUCAUUUCGCCUGUGUUCUAGCCCUUCCUCUCUCCAUAACUCUGUUUGCAAUGUGUCUUGCAGCGGUAACAUGCAUUCUCUCUUCAGAUGAGAGAGAGCCUUUUAAUUCAUUGUUUUGCACCUCCUUGGUUCCCCCCUGCCCCAACUUCCUGUUGAAUAAUGCUUUUUAAUAUCAUGCGUAUUUGGAGAGAGGCAUCAACUUGGUAUACUGCUGCUUCCUCCUGUGCCCACCCCAAAGGAAAGCCAUCCACAAACUCCAGUUUGCAAAAGCCUAACGCGUUUGCCUCCUGAGUGUUUUUGAUGAAUAAGUCCAUCGGCACGAAAUCAAAAGAGCUUUUGGAGAUAUAACGGGAGGGGGGAGGGGGCGCAGAUUAUCAGUUCUCCUCUAUGCUGUUGAUCCUCAGCACUUUUUUCCUCUCUUUUUUGCCCCUUAAUAGUUUAUCCUGCUUUCUCUGCUAGUCCACGUUGUAGACUAUUAUAUUAAAGGUACUUCAGCAGUUGUUCAUUUUUGACACCUCCCGUCCUAUGUGCAUCAGGAGCAGUAUUUUUUCCCAGUACUGGUUUUAAUAAAUAUGUUUAAUAUUAAACGCUUUCAGAAUCCCUCCCAUCAAAAGGAAAAAAUUUGCCAAGUGGCUUCUGAACGGCAGCGGGUCUGAUCCAAACUUACACCAUCCUUCCUCUCAAAGUUCACAGUGCUGCUUUAGUUUGCUAGCUCCAUUAUUUUUCCUCCAAGCCUCUCUUAUUUUGGGUUUGCUGCCUAAGAGUUUUACAAGUCAGCCAAUAUAAAUGAGCUUCUGUGAAUGGGUGAUUUUAGUCUCAUGAGCUCCAGUGCUUAGUCCUGUCUCUGUUUUACAGAAGGGGUUGGUAGGAAACCUAACCCACAAUGAUUGGCUAGUGGAUUUUACCAGGAGGGUGGUACUUCAGGCCAAGUCUUCUCUGGUGAGAGCCACUUAAAGGGUCUGUUUUAGUUGCUGAUGGCAUCAGUUGGACCUUUGCUGAAUGCCUUCCAUUGACUUGCUAAUUGACAGACUUUCUAACACCUUGGUUAGGAAUCUACGGAACUCCAUUAUAAAUUGGAAAAGACCCUUCUUUUCUCUUUGGGUCUGUUAAAGGGGCACUUUACUAGUAAAAUACUUUUUGGUGGGGGAGGAACAUCUGAAAAGCUGUAAUUUUCCCUAUUCUCCUUCAAAAUGUGAAUAACACAGGAGCAAAAGCCCUUUGUAAUGUUUGAUUUCUCAGGAAUAGGCUCUGUAGUGUAGCUAUGAAGUGCAGGGUCUCUAUUAAGUUUAGUGAUGGUCAGAAAAGUGACUAAAAUAACAUCUCUAGUCCUAUGUUUAUUCUGGCAUGAUUCAUCUGUGUAUAGUAUGAAGGACACUAGAGAAAACUGCUGUACUGUAUGAUUCCCAAGUUGAGUCUGUUCAGCUCAGUUAUCUCUAAAGGGCACUGCAAGUUCAGCCUGGUGCUAGCCCAUGGCUUGUUUUUUCAUUCUGCUUCAUGCAUCAUCACCAGCAGUAGUUUCAAGUGUUUAGCUAGCUGUUUUAGAGAUGAGGCAGAAUACAGUGCAACUUGAUUUUGCAGUGCUAAUAGUAAUUAAAACUUGGGUUUGUCCAUGUAUUAAGCAAGCUUGACAUGGGAAACGCAAGAAGGAAGUGUCAGUGCCAUGGGCAUUGUUAGUCACUUUUCUCAUCAGAGUGAUUCUCCUUAUUUUGGUGAAGGGGUAACUCUUCCAGCCAUUGCACAGGGUUUCAGCUAUUCUGACUUCUAUAAUAACUGUUGUGCAGCUGACACACUCGCAACAAGGAAAACAUUUUUCUACGAGUGCAAUACAACAAGAGCUUCCUUUAUACCACAGUCAUGUUAACGUGUUUUGGCAGAGGCCAUUCUGACUUCUUGAGCUGCAUUUUUUUUAAAUACCUAGAUAAGAAACAAAUAUCCAGAGAGGGAAGGAUGAUCUUGCAUAUAAAGCUGGGCUAAGAAUGUGGGUAGUUCUGGGUGUUCCUGGCUAUGACACAGACUUCCUGUUUGACCUUAGGCAAGUCAUUUAAUCUCUCUGUGCUUCAAUUCCCUAUCUGUAAAAUGGGGAUAAUAGUACUUCCCUACCUCACAGGGGUGUUGUGAGGACAAAUUUUAAUUGAUCUAUGAGAUGCUCAGAUGCUAUUGUAAUGAGGUUUUAGAAAAGCCUAAAAAUAUUUUCAAAAGUGCAAGAGGUUGGUUCAGUCCUGUCACAAAUGCAGCAAUGGUAUUCAAACACCAGCAUUUUGCCAUGACAAGUCUCCACUCUCUUGUGCUUUAUUUUUUCCCCACAACUCCUCUGGACAUGAUGGUGCCAGGGAAAGUGGUGACUGAAUAAAAAUAGUGCACUCAACCUUUCUAGCUUUGCUGGGCGGCUUUGAAAAAGGUGUUCUUACCUGUUUUGCUCAGUUCUGUGUCUAUAACCUUAAUGUCCUCUAAGAAUUGAUUCUUUCUGCACAUAAACUUGCAAUUUCAUUUUUGUGCCUCCUGCUGCUGAUCAGUCUUAGUGAUCAGUGACACGUGAUACCAGCAAUGUGGGGUGGAUCCCAGCACUGGAGACUAAACUAGUUUCCAUUCUGGUGUUCUAAUGGUUGAAUCAAGCAAAAUCUGAACAUCAUUGCUUGUGGUUUAAAAUGACACUGUCAGGUUAAAGAUGGUAUUUUUAAAACGUGUUGUUUUCUGUAACUAAUAAAACUGAUAAAAAUCUAAUCUAAUUUAUUUUCACCCUCUAUAACACUUGUUUACUACUUUCACUCUGCCUAGCUUCCACAAAGAAAAUAGUGUGUUCACUUUCUCUCUGGAUUUUAACCAGCAGUGCAGAUACACUUAGAUCCAGACUCGGUCUUCUGCUCAUUAAAAUGGAAGGGAAGGUAAUGGAAACAUUCCCACUUGUUAAUUCUGAUUUUAUGUAAUAGCCUCAAGUGUUUGUGCCCCAGACCUUACAGAACAGAUCCUUCCUUAUUACAGUUGCUUUGCACUGCCCAAGCAGUACCCUUAAAGCUGCUUACUUUACUACUGGAGGGAUCUCCUUGGGUGUUGCAGAACCAUAGGAGCAGUUCCUACACCCACCCUCUCCUUGCAUCCAGCAAGGCCAGGAGAGAGAGUGGCAGAGGUCAGGGCAGUCCUCAACUGCUGUAUUGGCCCCUUGGCCUACUCUAACUUGUGCUUUGAAGGAGUACCUGUAAGAUUGAGGUGCACAAAGGUAGUUUACAGCCAUCUUUCCCUUGCAUCAUAUUUCUCCCUAGCCCUUACUUUUAACCAUUAAAACACAGGUCUUGGAUAACACAUUGCAUUAGGGAAGGAUCCUGUUCACAUGCAGGGACCUGGGCUCAUAUUAUAAACCUAACCAUAAUGGAAAAUCCAGUCCAACAAUCUUCUCAUAGUGCCUGCUGCUGUAGUUCAAUUGAUCUGUUGUAGGGGAUUCCACCCCAUCAUAUUUGGGGCCAAAGUCUUCACGUAGACCAGGAUUCAGGAAACCUAAAACACUCCUACUGAACUAGGUUCAAAAACAUGUUUUGACCCUGGUUUGGAAAAGCAGCAUUUCCAACUGCCUAAGUCCUAUGGCCUUAGUGGUUUUCAAAAUUGAUUAGCUAAACUGGUUUUAAAACCAGUUAUGAGUUUUCCUAAAACUUACUAGUGUAGGCCAGGCGAGUCUGAGAGGAUAGGGCAGUUCAGGAGGACAUGGGGAUGAGAAUACCAAAGGAGGUAAGGUACAGGUCAGGAUGGAGGUGUCUUGCCAUGGCUGCUGGAAGAUUAAAUUUGUUUAACAGUCUCAUUCUUUCUAGCUGUAGCCAAGAACUCUUUGCCUCCAUCAAAUACCAAACUCUGACAUAAAAAGAAGUUUAAAAUAGAUCUCUCUAAGCUAUUGCAUCCUUCUCUUCAAUACUGCUGUGGGUUCUAGUGACUUGUGAUAGAAACUGAUACAGGAAGGCAUCUGUUUUGGUCUCAUUAGCCUCUGCCAUUAUCCCUUUCAGCUUCUCUAUACUGCCCUAUGCCCAGGGACUCUCCCUCCCCCCAACACUUUGGGGGUGGGGGGGGGGGAGGAUGACUUUUUAAAGCUAAUUUUUUGUCUUUCAAAUGACCUGCUGGCCUGAUCCCAGUUUUCCCAUACUUUAGUUUGGAUUUAUUUUUUAUUUUGUUGCCUUGAGUGGAUUAAAAUGUUACAGUUUUUUUUUUUCCUUUUUAAAAAAGCAACCAAUAGAACAAUAACAGAACUCAAAAGAUGCAGUAUUGCUUAUUCAUGAGUACUUCGGGUUUAAAUAAAUGUUUUGCCAUUCUUGCCCUUUCUGCUUCCUUGUAUUUGUGCUGAGGGAGGUUUGCAUAGCUUUGAAAGAAUGACAAGACUGAUAUAAGCAAGUGACUGCAUAUUUAUGUUGAGCAACAGUCACUUAUGUUGUAGAAAGAAACUUUUAAGGAGACUUCAGACCUGAGUGCCACCUGUAUCCCCAUCAUUGUUCAUCUAACCAUUGUCAAUUUGUUUCAUUAUUUUGAAUGUGGUACUCAUUGAUUAAAAGAUGAGUCUCAGUCCUGCUAUGAGGUUAGAAGCAAGGAUCUCUAACAGUGAGACUCCCUGAAAGCAAAGAGCCUUGGCACAGGUGGAGGGGUCCACGCUAGUGGAAUUGAUUGCAGAAGCAGUGCUGAGGGUGGAAGGAGUGAGGGACUGAGUACCUUUGGGGAAAGAGUUUCUGUAAUGGGAUUUUAUUUCAUAGGGAUAUGCUAGGGAAUGAAAUUCAACCCAAAGCAAUCUCUUAGACUUGUAAAUAGUAUUGCAUCAACUACUGUUAAGCUCUUUCCAGCUUCUGCUGAAUUGGUUGCACUGGUAGCAUUGUUUCCUUUUCUUAUACUGAAAGGAAAGUAUGCUUCUGAAAAUACUUGCCAGCCGCUUUGUAGUGCUGAGAGAGAGUGGCAGAACAAUUAGCAAUAAGCCUCUUUGUGACAGUCCCAAGACUCCAGGGUGUUCACAGCUCCAAAAAGACACUUGUUUUCUUUGCAAGUUUUGGUAACAGAUAUGACUUGGUGACAGCUCAAGUGUGCAUUUCCAUUGUGAAUUACUCUGUUCUAUGAUCUGGUUAAUCUGCCUGUGUGCUCUGGACCUGGUACCACUCCUCUGUCCUAGAUCAGCUUCCGAGGGAAGGAUAAAAUAAUUUCCGUUUACACCUGCUCUGCACAGCGGGCAUCCCUUUUGCAAUUCCCCUUUCAUCUCUGGGCACUAGGAGUAAAAUGCCAAUUACCAGUAAAAGAGUUUGAUCUGGUGGCUGAUCUAGGCUCCUACACUACAUUGUGACUGGCAGCAUGUCAGGGGAGGCCUGAGGAAUAGGUAGCUGUACUGUUAGUCACUGUUGCUAUAAAUUAGAUGUGUUUGGAGUUACUUGCAAAGCAUCUUCCUGACUGUUGCUCUUGUCUCUCUCACACCUGGCUGGUGUUAUCAACUUUCUGAAAGUGGCUGUCAAAUCUUCUGUAUCUGUGUUCCUCUUCCUACCACAAGGUAGAAAAGAUGUCAGGAAGCAAAAGUGAAGCUGUCCUUUCUUCCCCAGCUGUUGCCAAACUUAAAAUGCCCCCAGUUUUAGGAACCUCAGCAGUUUGCAGUCAGACUCCAGUAAAUUGGAUGUGAAAGCACUAGGCUUGGUUCCAUACCAGUAAAAUAACGUAUGUAAUUAAUUAUUUUUGCAUGUGUAUCUUGUAGUAUAGUAUUUUCAGUUCCCCAUUUUAAUCUUCAGGGGGCAGUGUGAUCCAGCAUGGAAUUGGCUCAUGUUUAAGAAACCAAACCUCCUACCUGGCUUACAGGCUGGUCUGAUAAUUUCCUGGUUCCAUAGUUUUGUAGGAAACUUCUAAAUGACCCUGAAAAAUGUGGACCUUGUGUCCAUAUGCAGAAUUCAGUCAUCAAGAGAUGAAAAAAUUAAAACACUUUGGUUAAAGAAAGGACUACUAUAUCUUUGGGAAGAGAGUAUGGCAUCCAGAUAACGUUAAUUCAAUUUCUCUUGCAUCCGUGACUGAGUUUGCUUUAUCAGUUUCAACUGGAAGCUUUUCUCAUUAGUCCCCAAACCUUCCCCAUUCAAAGGAGGUGCUUAGGGUUUUUGUUGGUACACCUCAGCAUGAGGUGCCUAACUGUUCUUUUGUUCACUGCCCCUUCUUCCCUGAGCCUUCCCUUUUAGGAUCUAGUAUUUCUGUCCCAGAACUCUUAGUGCCUAUUAUCUGUAACAAUUCUGCUCCUAAGUAAAUUUUUAAAAAUCAGUCUUUGACAAAGUGAUUAUUAGCCUUAUCUGCCUACUCAGUAUUAAUUUUCCAUGAAUCAUGAUCUCAACACAGUGUUAAAAUACUCUCUUUCUUUUGUGGUGGGACUCAAAUGGCAUCACAGACACGGGGCUUGUGCACUUUCUUCUAGUAACCUACAUGCCCCUAGGAAUGUAUGCUGCAGCCUCUAGUUGUCAGUGCCUCUCUCCGCUUCCCUCUCUUUUCCAUGUCAUGAAAGGAGUCCCUUAUGAACUCCUGCUGGAGGUUUUUGUUAUGCUUUGGCAGGGGGAGCUCUGAUGUGGUAAAGUUGAGAUUUCUUGUAAGGCUUUAUAGCACACCUCUCACAAUGCCCUGUACUUCAGACUAAACCCCCUGCCCUGCCUCCUUUGCACAUGGAUUGGCAUGACUUUUCAUUUAUGUUGUAAAAUGACCUAAGAAUGCCAGCUUAUAAUAUUGUGAUUGUGGAAAGAGAUACUUAAUGCACAAAUGCCAUGUGAUUUUAAACUUGUCCUUUGCCCCCAGCAUUGUGAUAUAACACCAGGGGUUGAGAGGUAUACUUUCGUAGUCAUUAAAUAAGAAAUCUCUGCCUCGGAUACUGAAAGCGUGCGUGUGAGUGAGUGCAAAUAUAAAUACGUAUGUGUGUGUGGGCGGGUGAUUAUAAGGCACACAAAUAGAGAUACAAAAUAAAUAUAUUUUACUUAACCCGAGGAAGUCUGUUAGAUUCUUGGAUAGAAGUACCACAGGGAAGACUUACUUUGCUAAGCAAGAAGAGCCAGCUGCUGCUGUGCACAGCAUCUGUUUUAGCAGAGUGACUCUUUGCAAGACCUGUUCUAAAAGCCAAAAUCCAAGGAUAAUUAACUUAAAACAGGAGCCAUGUGGAACAUGCAGCAGGAGUGAGCUUUAACCUUUGUUCUAAUCAUGCAAGGAGUAAAAACUCAAGGGCAGUGAGAACCUAGGCCCAAUUGCUGCUGGGGAUAGCACAGGAAUUCCCCACCUUUUUUCCCAGGGCAUUGCUGUGAGAUGGUGAUCCAGUGCCUUUCUUCACCUCAGACAGGAAGACAACUUUUGCAGCAAUGUGAAGCAGCUGUUUCUUGGUCUGUGAAGGUGUCUUUGGAGAGCAAGGCCAAUAAUAUAAUGACUUAUAGGUAUUCUUGAUACAUUUUAAAAUCUAGUGAUUUAAAAACAAAUAACUUUUUCAAAAUGCCCUGCUCCCAGCUCCUUCUCUUCACCCUUUCCUGUCCUACCCCAUCAGCCCUCUUCAGUUUGUUUUUUUUUUUUCCUUUUAAAUGCGAUUCUGGGUGAAAAGCAGAAACUGCCUGAGAAGUCUUUGGGCAACCUUUAUACAAUUCAGUUUUGUGUUUUUUUUUUUUUAAUGUCCUUUGAAACAGGUAUUUGGGGAAAAAAAACAAACAAACCAAAAGCUCUCACUGAUGGUUGCUGUUACAAUGAGAUCAAUAAAGAUCUUGAUUAUAUUAA